AUGGCUCCAUACGCCGAGCAGAUCCUCAUAUCCACAGGCCGCAGCGACUGGACGAGCCGGAUCGAGGACGACGAAGGUGCCGUCCUAGCGAAACGAGUCAAAGGGCUACUUGGUAGAGGUGGGAAAUAUAGUGACCCGUUCCAUAAUGUCAUGCUUACCAAUUCGUCCUUCGCCCCAUUCACAUCCACUCCAGAUACAGCGUCUGCAUACCUGUUUCCGAGCUUCCGCUACUUGCCCGAGAUUGGGACAGCUCCAGAGGCGGUUGAGAGUUUUCUCAAGGCAUUCGUCCUGCCAUCCCAGCUCCACCCAGUUCAUGGCGUUCUGGCGGAGCCGCAGCGAAAGGCCCUUGUCCAAGACCCGCGGCUACAAAAGGACUUUCCUGGCGUCCAACCGGUGGAUGAUGUAGUAGUUCUGAUCUGCGGCCAUGGUGGGAGAGAUCAGCGAUGCGGUAUUUUGGGGCCGCUACUGCAAGCUGAAUUUGAAGACAAGCUUCAGACGGAGGGAUUGCAACUCAGGACUGAACCAUCUUUGCCUCAGAAUAGCAAUGGGAGCGAUCCACCAGGAGCGCGGGUUGGAUUGAUCAGCCAUAUUGGUGGACACAAGUAUGCCGGAAACGUAAUCAUAUACAUCCCGCCUUCAAUGAAGUGGAAUUCACUGGCGGGCAAAGGCGUUUGGUACGGUCGAGUGGGUCCCGGGAAUGUUGAGGGUAUUGUUAAGGAGACCAUCUUGAACGGGAAGGUGAUUAAAGAGAUGUUCCGAGGUGGCAUUGAACAGGGGAGCAAAAUUCUGAGACUGUAA